CUAGCCCUGGCCCCACCUCUCCUCUGUGGCCCCGCCUCCCGCUGGCCCCGCCCCGCCCUGGCCCCGCCUCCCGUUGCGCGUCGGCCAGCGGCGGCGGAAGUGACGCGAUCCAGGCCCGCAGUGCCGGCGGCCGCCGCGUCGGGCCGGGCGUCAUGGCUCCGCUGCUGGUUCUCCUCCUCGUCGUCCUCCAGCGGGCCGGGAGCCGGGCGGAGAUGGGCGCCGCGGAUCUGGAGCCGCCCUUUGUGCCGCCGCCCACCCGUGUCAGGAUCGAGGCCUACAACGUGAACACCAUCUUGUCCUGGGACUACCCGACCGUGCCGCAGGCCCCCGUCUUUACUGCCCAGGUGAAGACCUACGGGAAUGCAUGGAUUGAUGCCUGCAAUACCUCUUAUCAUCGUUGUAACAUUUCUUCCAAAAUUAAUGACCCAACCCGUCCUCUCUGGGCCAGAGUUAAAGCGAGGCUUGGACAAGAAGAAUCGGCCUAUGCAGACUCAAAAGAGUUUAUCCUGUGCCAGCACGGGAAAAUUGGACCACCUAAACUGGAUAUCAGAAAGAAAGACGACCAGAUCAUUAUUGACAUAUCUCACCCUUUAUUUGCUGUAAAUGGAUUUGACCUGGAAGCCAUGUAUGAUGAUGAAAAUGCUUGUUACGAAUUCGUGUACAAGGUGUAUGUGAAAAUAAACGGAAGUGGAGAGAGCAUGGAGAGAGUGUAUGAAUGCAGAGACGAGGACUGCAAUGAGACCCACUGCCGCCUCAGCAUCCCAGCGUUCUCCCCGAACUCUCAGUGCUGCGCUGCAGCAGAGGGAGUCUCGGAACGAUGGGAGUUCACAACUGACAAGUCCGAAGAACUCUGCCUGACCGUUUUCGAUGAUGACAGCCCAGAAGGUUCGGUUUGGAUUCCAGUUGUUGCUGCUUUCCUACUCUUUCUAGUCAUUCUGCUGGUUGCAUGUUGUUAUUGUCGCAUUAAGACGAAGAAUCUGUUUAAGAGAAGAAACAACCCUUUACCCAGUUCCUUGCUGUCUGUGGUAAGAAGUGCCUCUUCAGAGCCAGACUCUGAAUCAAAGCAUAUAUCGCCUGUCACCUAUCAGCCAAUUGUCCCGGAGAACGAUCACCUGUCUUCAGCAGCGGUGUCAGGGACGCAGGCUGAAGACAGUCCCAGAGGAGGACACAGAGCAGAGCUUUCCAGGGAGACAGACGUGCUGACCACUGAGGGGGCUCUUUCUGACGUGGCCCCAGGUAGGCCUCUGACCCCAAUAAGGAGAGAGAGCUCUGUCCACUCAGGCAGUAACCAGUCUGAACCCUGCAGUGUUCUCUUAAACUCCUAUCACUCCAGAAAUGGCUCUGACAGUGGCGUUGUGGAGUCAGACAGCUUCUUAUCUGACUCAGAGUUCCCCCCAAACAAUAAGACUGAAAUAAAGACAGAAGGAGCGGAGUCCACGACUCUGAGAAACACUGCCGUCUCCUUUGGUUACGAUAAGCCGCACGUGUUGGUGGACCUGCUUGUGGACGAAGGUGGGAAGGAGUCCCUGAUCGGCUACAGACUGACAGCUGACUCCCAGGAGUUCUCCUGAGCUCAGCCGAGGGGCCCAGCCCUGAAGGAAGUGCUCUGCCUGAGCAGUUCUUCCUGAACGGCUUUGAGUUUGUGAAAAGAUCUGAUUUCUGGAAUUGUGUCAAUAUUAACCACAUGGAAUGUCUGGUUUAGAUCAAAAUGUGAACUGCCUGUUGAACUUUGUCGCAUUUGGUCUGAAAACAGCAAACCGGUUUCAAAACCUGUCUUAGGAAAACAAGCGACAUCAGCACCUGGGAGCCUUUCUCCCGGCACGGCCAGCUGUGACAGUGACACUCCCUGCCACCCUCUUCCUGCGACAGCGGUGGCAUCUGUGGCAUCUUCUCUGCGCCUCCGUGUGGGAUUUGGUUUGGAAGUUUGUGUAGAUAGUACUUUUAAAUACCUGCUUUUGGAAGAAAUCCUGGAAGCAUUUCAAAACUGGCAUUUAAAAUCAGAUUUGAGCCAGUAGAAUUAAUAGAGGGUGUAAAUAGAAACGUGUAUAUGUCUUCUAUGGAGCAUUGCACGUUGCCUGUAUAAAGUUUUAAAUAAAACAUUUUUAAAAUUC